UUUGACUUGCCCUCCAGACAUCCACUUCUCCUUGUCAACCUUCCAUUGUUACAAAAAUUUUCAGAACCAAACAUCUGUGAUUCCAUUUCCACUAUAAAUGCCCUUCCCAUCUCACAGCAACAGAGGCAUCAGCACCCCAAAAAAAAAAGAUUAAGUAGUGCCCUCAACCCUUUUGAGAUCAAUUACCAACCACCUGCUUCCCUUUCAUGGCUCCUAAACAAGUGGAGUUGGAGGCAAAGAAGCUCAGGGUCUACACUGAUGGCACAGUUGACAGAGCUCCCCAGCCGGUCGCCAAUGCUUCUCCGACCACCGUCGACGGCGUGGCCAGCAAAGACGUCGUCAUCAACCUGAAGAACGGCGUCACCGGGAGACUGUACAAACCACAAGUCUGUGAUACGCUGACAUCCACCAAGCUGCCUCUGCUGUUUUACUACCAUGGUGGUGGGUUCUGCACCGGCUCCUGCUCCCAAGUCCAGACCCACAAUUUCCUCCACUCCCUCUGCCUGAAAACUCGGACCCUCGUCAUCGCCGUGGACUACCGGCUGUCGCCGGAGCACCGCCUCCCGGCGCAGUACGACGACUGCAUGGACGCGCUGUACUGGGCCGCCAAGGGCGGGGAUGGCGACUGGGUGGCGAAGUACGGCAACCUGGCCGAGUGCUUCCUAUACGGGGAGAGCUCGGGCGGGACGAUCGCGCACCACGUCGGGGUCAGGGUCGCCGGCAUGAGCGCCGAGGCGAGGCCGCCACGGCUGGCCGUGAGAGGGCUGGUUCUGGUGCAGCCCUUCUUCGGCAGCGCCGAGAGGACGGCCCAUGAAGAGAGCUACGCGAGGCAAGGGAGCCAGCAGGAGCUUCUGGCCAGGUGGUACGACUUGUUUUGGAAGCUCAGCCUUCCCCAGGGCGCUGACAAGAGCAGCCCCUAUUGCAACCCCAAGGCUCACCUCUCGAGCCUACCGAGCCCAGUCAACGGCCCGCCGGUGCUCGUUACCCUGGCCGGGCUGGACCUGCUGCUGGACAGGGGCUUGUGGUACGCCGAGCUGGCACGGACCCACAUGAAGUCCAAGGUGGAGGUGAUGGUGGAGGAAGGGCAAGAUCACAAUUACCACGUGAACCAACCUACGUCUAUUCAAAAGAAUCGCCUCCUCACUAGGAUCUCUCAGUUCAUCAACUCACAAAGCUCGCGUUGAUGAUGAUGAUCUCAAAAAAUUAAAACUGCAUGAAAUAAUGAAACCGGUCUUCCGUGUCGAGUCAAUGUGCUGGAGUUGAAGAGACUGUGAGCCUACAUUUUGGUGAGAAAUAAGUGCAUUUGAAUGAAGAGAGAGAGAGAGAGAAUUUGUUUGCAUUUUCAUUCGAGUAAUCUUGGGCGUUUGCUGUCAAGUAAAUUGAGUUUGUUUGA